GAUGACAGAGGAAGAGAUGGGCGAAAGAGAAUGAUAAACAGAAUAAAAAUAUACUCAUAAUGCAGCGCUAACUGGAACAUUCAUAAUAAGGUUUCACAUAUUUGGCAGAUUCAGCAGCAUAGGUCGGUCAUGGCGUUUGUUACAGCGAACUGGAACCCUCUGGGCGAGGCUUUUUACAGAAAGAUUGAAUUGUAUGAGAUGGCCUGGAAACUCAAAGACGGUCUGAAAGAUUGUCUGUUUGCUGCAGCUCCAUACGGGGGUCCCAUUGCUCUCCUAAAAUGGCACAACCGACGUUCUCCCAGUGCCAGACCACAGUUAGAGAUCUACUCUUCUUCAGGACUCCCUCUGGCCAGCUUUCCAUGGAAGAGUGGUGUGGUGAAGCAGUUGGGAUGGACGGUGUCUGACGACCUACUGUGUGUUCAGGAGGACGGCACUGUGCUCGUCUAUGAUCUCUUGGGCGGCUUCAAGAGACACUUCAGCAUGGGCAAUGAAGUUUCUCAGAGUCAGGUGCUGGAGACCAAGAUUUUUCAUUCACCCUAUGGCACAGGGGUUGCCAUAUUGACAGGUGCCUUGCGGUUCACUUUGGCCACAAACAUUGAUGACAUCAAACUGAGGAGGCUACCUGAGGUUCCAGGUAUCCAGGCAGCGCCAUCAUGUUGGGCAGUGCUGACUCAGGACCGACAAAGUAAAGUCCUGGUGGCCAGUGGUGCUCAUCUGUUCAUCUUGGACAAUACAGCCUGCACUCCUGUGACUCCUCCAGGCCUCUCUCCACAAGCGUCCAGUAUACUUCACAUGUGUGUCUCAUUCAGUUAUAAAUAUCUUGCACUCCUCACCGACUCUGGCCAUGUGUGGAUGGGCACAUCCAAUCUAAAGGAGAAACUCAGUGAGGUCGAAACCAAAAUCAAAACACCCCCCAGACAGAUGGCAUGGUGUCGCAGGCCCAAGAGUCAGGAGCCUUCGGCAGUGGUCAUGUGGGACGGGCUUCUCCUGGUGGUCGGAGAGUGUAAAGAAACAAUUCAGUAUCAACUGGAUGAUGAUUCAAUCCUGGUCCCGGAGCUAGAUGGGGUUCGGAUCAUCAGUGGAACACACCAUGAGCUUUUGCAAGAGGUCCCAGGUGCUUGUGAGGAGAUAUUUAAAAUUGCCUCAAUGGCUCCUGGAGCUUUACUGCUGGAGGCACAUAAAGAAUAUGAGAAAGAGAGUCAGAAGGCAGACGAGUAUCUGAGAGAGAUUAAAGAGCAGAGUCUGCUGAGCGAAGCGGUACAACAGUGUGUGGAAGCCGCCGGGCAUGAACAUGAACCCGAGACACAGAAAACACUCUUGAGGGCGGCUUCGUUUGGGAAGUGUUUCUUGAGUAAUUUUCCUCCGGAGCAGUUCGUCAGUAUGUGCCGAGACCUGCGAGUGUUGAAUGCUGUUCGAGAUUAUACCAUAGGCAUUCCUCUGACCCACACUCAGUUCAAGCAGAUGACCGUACAGGUGCUCAUCGACAGAUUGGUUUAUCGUAAACUCUAUCCACUGGCUAUUGAGGUUUGCAGAUAUCUGAAGACUCCGGAAUAUCAGGGAGUAAGUCGUGUGCUCAAACACUGGGCCUGCUUCAAGGUCCAGCAGAAGGAGGAAUCUGAUGAAGUCAUUGCAAAAGCUGUGAGUGUGAAGCUCGCCGAUGCUGCUGGAAUCUCCUACUCUGAAAUCGCCACCAAAGCAUACGAGAGCGGACGAACGGAGCUCGCCAUUAAGCUGUUGGAGUUUGAGCCUCGCUCUGGUGAACAGGUCCCACUGCUGCUGAAAAUGAAGAAAAGUCCUCUGGCUUUGAGCAAAGCCAUUGAGAGUGGCGACACAGACCUCGUGUACACCGUGGUGAUGUACCUGAAGAAUGAGCUAAACAGAGGAGACUUCUUCAUGAUGUUGAGGAACCAACCUGUGGCUCUGAGCCUCUACAGACAGUUUUGUAAACAUCAGGAGCAGGAUACGCUGAAAGAUCUUUUCAAUCAAGAUGACGAUCACGAGGAACUGGGCAAUUUCUACGUAAAAGCCAGCUAUAAAGAGCAGAGACUGGAAGCACGGAUUGCUCUUUUACAAAGUGCCGUGGACGAGUACUACAAGGCCAAGAAUGAGUUUUCUGCCAAGAGCACAGAAGACGAGAUGCGUCUGCUGCGGUUUCAGAGGAAGCUGGAGGAAGAGAAGGGCGAGCCUCUUGUGGGCUUUUCUCUUCAUGACACUAUGACCACACUGCUGUCUGUGGGACUGCACAAACACGCAGAACAGCUUUACAAAGACUUCAGAGUGCCUGAUAAGAGGUUCUGGUGGCUAAAGUUGAAGGCUCUUGCUGAGAAGGAGGACUGGGACGAGCUGGAGAAAUUUGCCAAAAGCAAAAAGUCUCCUAUUGGAUAUCUGCCAUUCGUAGAUGUGUGUAUUAAACAUCAUAACAAAUAUGAAGCCAGGAAAUAUGUGUCUAAAGUCACACCCGAGCAGAAGGUCAAAGCUCACCUCGCAGUGGGGGACAUGGAAGGUGCUGCAGAGGCUGCUAUCGAGAGGCGUAAUGACACUGAGAUCAGCACAGUUCUCUCACGCUGUUCAUCGACCACUGAUCAUGCUCUUGUGGAACGCCUGAACCGAGCCAGAGCCACGGCUACCAAAAAGUGAGCCUGUAUGCUUCUGCCCUGCUCAACUGAGCUGUGCACAUUCCUCCAGCAAAAAAGCAACAGAAUUUACUUUGAGCUGUGUAAAUGACUCCUGGUCGACUGGACGAUUUUCACAAAAUAAAUUCUGCAAAGUGAAGGAAAAUGUAUUGGGUGGAUUCACAGAGAAAAGACAGACAGCAAGAAAACUUGCACGUCAGCAAUUUGUGUUUUUUCUGCCUCUGUCAGAGAGCUAAAAGCAGUUCCCAUCCUGUGCAUCACUGUAAAUUGUUAGGAUAUAGUUCACCCAAAAAUGAUUAAUUCUUCUGUCGAACACAAGGCAAUAUAUUUCGAAGAAAGCUGAACACUUGUAAUCACUGACCUCCAUGGUAGGAAAAACAAAUACUAUGGAAGUCAGUUGUUACAACAUUUCAGCUUUUUUUUCAAAAUAUCUUCCUUUGUGUUCAACAGAAGAAAUAGGCUCAUAAAGGUUUAUAACCACUGAAGGUUAAAUUAAAUGUUCAUUUUUGGGUAAAUUAUCCCUUAAAAACUCUUUGUACCUAUAAUUGUAUUAUGAGCUGAUGUGUGUUUGUUGUAGAAUCAUACUGUAAUCGAUCAUAUGCUGUGUUCUGACAAAGUAACACUUGUUAUUUUAAUUAAACCACGGUUGGAUACAG